UUGAUUUGGCUUUUGCUCCAAUUAGAAGUCCCACAACUCGUUUUCAUUAGCCAGGUGUGGCUCUUAAGUCUAAGCAGAGAUAUAUUUCUCUCUCAAGUUUUAUGAUGGAAGGUUUUUAAAGUGGGGCCUAUGAUUUACUGAUGCAGACAUGUUAAUUUUAAAAAAGAUCACUAUUUUAAUAAUCUUUCUUAAUAUAUACUUUGUGGUUCAACCUGUCGUUUUCGGAUCCAAUUUUAUUCUGCUUCCUUUUCUUGCUCCCCAAGUCUCCGUUUCUGUCUCAAGCUGUAUUUAUAUCGAGCACAUAUCGGUUUUCAUGUUUGUUUUUGUGGAUGAACUUCAUGUUUCAUGUAGUGGAAGCCUAUAUUUGUAUAAUUUGAACUGGUGCAACGCAGGUUUUGUAAUCUCGGUGAAAGAUUCAUACAGUUUUCUUACAUUCACAUAUAAGGAUCAGAUGGGUCGUCUUCUUCUUCUGUUAAUUCUAAUCUCUUUUUUACGAGAGUGCCAGUCAUGGGGUUGGUCGACUUCUUCUAAAAAAGAGACUCACUUUGAAGAGAAAGAUUCAGGUCCAAAUGAUGUUUCCGGUGUUGCUGAGUUCACCAUAGAUGGUUUUAACGAUCAGAAAGGAGUCAGGCAGAUAGAAACUGCUAAAAGGAAACUGGUUGGUACAAACUCUUGUUGGCAAAACGCUUACCGGCAUCUCUUUGCUGGGUGCUCGGAGAUUUUUGCAGUGGAUGAGAAACGGUCUAGAUUUGCUUGGCAUCUGAGUGAUUGCUUUCAGAAGGACUCCGGCAGGCCGCCCUUUCCUUCUUGUGACCCGAAAUCUGCCAUGGCUAAAUGCCUAAAGGGCUUAAAUGAACAUGAGCAUAGGGUUUAUCUCGAAUUCUACCUUGAAACCAACUCCAUCUGCCAUCAGUUACAGGCUCAUGCAUUCAAGCAACAAAUAGAGAGACUGGUGAAUGAGCUAAAAAAUUCAGCUCACUUGGCCGAAGAAAAAUUAGGAAUCAUGGAACUCAAAACAGAAUACCUGUUGAAGAAUUCGAAUGAGAUUUAUGAUUCUUUGAAUAAUAUUGAUAUUCGAGUUCAACAAGUAGCACUAACAUCAAAGAAUGUAGAAGAUCAUAUAAGUGCGGUAUUGAAGCAUUCGGAAGCUGUAUAUGAGCAAUCCAAGGGAAUUGCAGCUUCUCAAUCGGAGCUGCAAGAAAGACAAGUGGAAAUGAGGAGAAGUUUGGAGGAUGGGAUGGAGAUGCUUAAAGAUUCUUAUGACGUUUUAGGCCAUGAAAUAGAUAAUCUAAGAAAUGAGGCCAUUCAAAUAGAGAAGGAGAUACUUAAAGUUGGUGAUGCAAUGUCACUGAAGAUGACAAAUCUGCAAAUCAAAGCCGAUGAUAUUGGGAAUAUGGCAGGGGUUUCAUUAGAAAAGCAACAACAACUUCUUGAUGGCCAAUCCACGGCACUUGAGGGUCUUAAAAGUUUAACCAAAUUUCAGUCCGAUGCCCUAGAAGAAAGCAGGAGUACUCUGCAAGAAUUUUCUGAAUAUGGCCAUAGACAACAAGAAGAGCUUCUACGGCAGAAAGAGCAGCUUCAAAGUGUUCAUGACCACUUGAUGGAAAAUUCGAAGUCAAUUUUGGCAGCUCAGGAAUCUUUUGAAUCAAAGCAAGCAAGCAUGUUUAUUGCUUUAGAUAAGCUGUUUGCUUUGCACAAUGCCAUGCUGCUUGAAUCGAGAUUAAUUAAAUCUUUCUUUGUUUACUGUAUAUCAAUCUUUAUCAUCUACAUGUUCACUAGCACGAAGCAAACACACAAAGUCAGACCCUGGCUAUAUAUCGGACUCUGUGUCACAUUCUUGAUAGAAGUUGCAAUACUGCGGGUUGCAACAAAUGAUAAUAUUGAAGAAAAAUCAUGGAUAAUAAAUUUGGUCAGGUCAUUUUUUGCACUUGCCGCUUCAAUUCAGAUUCUCCAUGCAAUUUGCACAUACAGAGACUAUGAAGUACUGAACCAUCAGAUCCUACUAACGUUAAUUGAGAAGAUUAAUGGGAUGGAAAGACACAAGGAGUUGCCUUGGGACUUGGAUAGUGAGAUAAACUGGUCUACAUGGAUUGAUACUGACAUACCAGAAGAUCCAGACAACUUGGGAGACCCAGAUUAUAUAGUUCCAGAAGAAGUUGCAGAAAAUUCAAUCGUAACUAGUUCAAUUACAAGAAAAUAUGAUCUCCGCCGUCGUUGCCAUCAUUGAGAAUUUUGUUAGUUUUAGUAUCAGUUUUCGACAAAGUAUGAUGUUAGCUUAAACACUUUAUCUGUUUGUUUAUGAGUUUCAUACAAUUGCAAGCCACAUGGAGAAAUAUCUUUUGUUUGUGAGGAUAGUUAAACUAGUCAUCAACAAAAUUAAUAGCUAGCUUCAUUUAACUAACCUAAAGUUCCCGUGAUAUGCUGCAUUUAUGGGAAAACUACUCUAUCUGGAGCAAUCUAAGCUCUGUCCCUGUAAACAAUAGGAUCAUAAUAAUGCAAACCUCAUUUCUAUUCAUGCAGUAUUCUCUUUAGCUAACUAACUCAAAGAAGAUGUAUUUGUUUUGGUUGGCAGUAAGAACAGGAAGCAUUAAGUUUCAAAUGAAAACAAAAAAAAAAAAAAAACA